CAAGUCACAAACUCAGUAUCAGAAACCUCCUUGUGUAUAAUCCGGUAGUGAUAAUAAAUUUGUUGAAAGUGACUUCAAUGUAAAAAUUUAUCUGGAAUUAACAAUUUAAGUUUCCUAUAAUUCAUUUGAACAGAACAUCAACAGAUAUAUUACAAGAUGCAUGGAAUGGCAAAGAUAAAGGCCUCAGAGGCAGAAAAAGAGAAGAAAAGGAAGGAAAAGGAGGACAAAGCUCGUCAGUACAUGGAAAGCAUGAAGAAGAUCCUGGAAAAGAGGGAAAAAUCUGAAAUGGAUGACGAAGCUUUGACAUUAAUGAGUGACAUCCUAGUUGAACAUCCUGAUGUUUACACAUUGUGGAAUUUUCGAAAAGAAAUAUUACUCACAUACAAAGAUAAUAAAUCGGAAGAGGAAUUAACUCCCUUGGUAACAAGUGAAAUGAGAUUAACGGAAAUCUGCCUUAGAGCAAAUCCAAAGUCAUAUAAUGCUUGGUAUCAUCGUCUUUGGCUUCUCAACCACUUGCCAAAAGCUGAUUUAGAAACUGAAUUGAUGAUUUGUAAUAAAUACCUUAAGCUUGAUUCAAGAAAUUUUCACUGUUGGGAUUAUAGAAGAGAAGUUGUUUCCAAACUGGCGAUUCCUGAAAGUGAAGAGUUGACUUAUACCUUGGCCAAAAUUGAAGAAAACUUUAGCAAUUAUUCUAGUUGGCAUUAUAGGAGUAAACUUUUGCCUUUGGUGUACAAAGACCCUACUGGGAUAAGGCCGAUCAAAGAGGAAAUUCAUGUCCAAGAACUGGAAUUAGUCCAGAAUGCUGCUUUUACGGAUCCGACUGAUUCAAGUGCCUGGUUUUACCUAAGAUGGCUUCUCGGUCGUCUUGAGCCGAAAUUGACAGUGGUCAGUUGUUACAUAAAGAAUAAAAAUAUAUACUUGGCUUUAAGUAAAUGUCUCACAUCUGAUGAUAAUUAUGCAAUCGAAGUUGAAGGACAAAGCCUAAAAGAAUUUUUUUUAGAUAAGACUGCACGUUUAUGGAUGGGAGUUUUGCCUUCGAACCUUCCUUCAGAACUGAAAAUUGUUUUUAUCAUUAAUGAAACUAAGGAAGAAAUCAUUCUGAAUAAAGAAAAUAACUUUGCUUAUUUUGUGAAGCCACAAUUUGAAGCAUAUGUUGGAAAAAAGCUGCUUUCGGUUUUAAACGAACAGUUGGAUUCUUGCAAUCAACUUUUGGAACUGGAGCCUGAGAGCAAAUGGACUUUGCUCACUUCUGUUGUUCUUAUGGAGGCAAUUGACAAAGCAAAAUACAAUGAUGUUAUAUUAAAUAGAAUAGAAUUGUUAAGCAAAGUUGAUAGCUUACGUAGAAAUUAUUAUUUUGACACACGAAGUAAAUUCUUGAUAGAGAUGAAACUAGAAAACUGGGAGCCCAAUGAAAACAUCGAUCUUUCAAAAUUGAAUCUAUCUGCCUUAUAUCAUUCACAGUACCUCAGUUAUGCCGUUAAUGUUGAUUUAUCGGGCAACAAUUUAGAAGAGAAGUCGUUACCAUUGUUGUCAUGCUUAGUAAAUUGUGAGGUUCUAUCCCUGAGAGGAAAUCGUUUAAAAAGUUUGAAAGGAUUUCCAUACUUAAAGUCGCUCAAAAAGUUAGACCUUUCAAACAACAAAUUCGACGAAGAAUCAAAACUUUUCCCUUAUUUAUCAAAACUUGAGAUGCUAAAAGAAUUGAAUAUAUGUAAUAACACAUUUGUAAAUGAAGCAAAAGACAUAGACUUCAAAAUUGCUGGUGUAUCUGUGAUCUACAAAACCUAAUAAUUUAUAUUUUUAUAUGUUUGUAAGUCAAAUUAAUUUAUAUAUAUAUAUAUAUAUGGUGCACAUAAGCUGUCCCUUUCUUAUUAGGGAUUUAAACGGCACAAUGUAAUAUGGACGCUUAAAUAUUCCUUAAAAAUUGUUACAAAUACAUUUUACCUAGUUUAUCA